AAAGAAGUCAUGUGCUUGUCCCGUGACCAAAUGCGGAAGUGUUGAAAUAUAUCCAUAGCGACAACAGAUUACCCUCUCUAUUUCAUAUAGAUUUUGCUGUUUUAUUUGCCCUAUUUCUCAGAGAAAUGGAAGGAUAUGCCAAAACAUCACUUAGCACCACGUAUGCUGGAGCCCCGGAUUUCAGAGGGAAUGACAGUUCUCUGGUAUCUGCUCUGAAAACUCUUCUCUUCUUCACCAUCCUGAUGGUCACCCUGCCCAUAGGACUGUACUUCGCAUCAAAGGCAUAUAUCUUUCAAGGUUCCCUACAGAUGUCUAACUCAGACAGUUAUUUCUAUGCUGCCAUCGUAGCUGUGCUGGCCGUACAUGUGGUUCUGGCUUUGUUUGUCUACGUGGCCUGGAACGAGGGCUCCACCAAGGACAAGGGGAAACACGACUAACCCUUAACCUGGCCGUGCUGCUGGCCCAGAGAAGGCCUGGACCAAGCCACUUCCAGCCCCCACCCAGCCUGGCUUCUCUCCAGUCCCCAGCCCCUGUUUGACCAGCCCCCAACCCAGCCCCUGUUUGACCAGCCCCCAACCCAGCCCCUGUUUGACCAGCCCCCAACCCAGCCCCUGUUUGACCAGCCCCCAACCCAGCCCCUGUUUGACCAGCCCCCAACCCAGCCCCUGUUUGACCAGCCCCCAACCCAGCCCCUGUUUGACCAGCCCCUAACCCAGCCCCUGUUUGACCAGCCCCAUCCCCAGCCCCCACCCCAGCCCCUCCAGCCCCCACCCCAGCCCCACCCCAGCCCAACAGCCAUGGAGGGGCUCAUACCGAGUCCAUCUCCUGGUGUUAGGAGAGAAUAAUGUAUUGGGUGUUUCUGACCUCCCCUGUCAUGUGUUACAGCCCGUUAGAGGGUGUGUCAUAAACUGGGCCCUGGCCAGAGACGGCCGUGAAAUGCCAGUUCACAACUGGAGCAUGUAGAAAUGUAUUGUCUGCGUCCAACCCUAUUCCCUAUUUAAUGCACUACGUUUGACCAGGGCCCUGUAAGGCUGUUUGACCAGGGCCCCGUAAGGCUGUUUGACCAGGGCCACGGCCACGUAAAGGCUGUUUGACCAGGGCCCCGUAAGGCCGUUUGACCAGGGCCCCGUAAGGCCGUUUGACCAGGGCCCCGUAAGGCCGUUUGACCAGGGCCCCGUAAGGCUGUUUGACCAGGGCCCCGUAAGGCUGUUUGACCAGGGCCCCGUAAGGCCGUUUGACCAGGGCCCCGUAAGGCUGUUUGACCAGGGCCCCGUAAGGCCGUUUGACCAGGGCCCCGUAAGGCCGUUUGACCAGGGCCCCGUAAGGCCGUUUGACCAGGGCCCCGUAAGGCCGUUUGACCAGGGCCACGUAAGGCCGUUUGACCAGGGCCACGUUGACCAAACGUAGUGGAUUAUACAGGGAAUAAGGUGCCAUUUUGUUUUCUGUGUGUUUACAUCAUGUCACUGCUGUUGUGGUUGGAUCCGUCCUUGUUGACCGGAUUCAUUUAAGAACGUUGUGUUUUUGUGAGACUGUCUGUAGACGUUUAUUUUUGGUUGUAAUUUGAUGUCCAGAGUGUUUGUUAUGAUGAAACAUUAAACAAAUCAAAUGAUCCAUACUAUACUGA